AGUCCUCGGGAGGAUGUGGCUGCAGAACCUGCUUCUCCUGGGCACUGUGGUCUGCAGCAUGUCCGCACCCACCAGCCUGCCCAGCCCUGUCACCCGGCCCUCGAAGCACGUGGAUGCUAUUAAGGAGGCCCUGAACUUUCUGAACCGUAGCAAUGACUUCGCUGCUGGGAUGAACGACACAGUCAAAGUUGUCUCCAGCAUGUUCGACCCCCAGGAGCCGACGUGCAUGCAGACCCGCCUGCAGCUGUACACGGCGGGCCUGCAGGGCAGCCUCUCCAGACUCAAGCAGCCCUUGACCAUGAAAGCCAGCCACUACAAGCAGCACUGUCCCCCGACCCCGGAAACUUCCUGUGAAACCCAGAUGAUCACCUUCAACAGCUUCAAAAAGAACCUAAAGGACUUUCUGUUUGUCAUCCCCUUUGACUGCUGGCAGCCAGUCCAGGAGUGAGGCACACGGGCCAGCCAGGCCAGCCCUGGAGCUUACCUCACAGAUCAUUCCUCUCUCACGGAACAAGAGCCAGAGACUCAGGAUCUUCAUCUUGGAGGGACCACCGGGUGGGUCACGGCCAUGGAGGGGGAGCACAGCCCUGUCCCAGGCCAUGCUGGCCUCCAUACGGCCAUGGAAACGGAUGGGGGACGUUUCACACGGGCAGGGAUCAAUAGUAUUUAUUUAUAUAUUUAUAUUUUUAAACAUAUUUAUUUAUUUAUUUAUUUA